AUGGGGUCCAUCGUCGAGGAGACUGUCACCAUCCCGUUCGAUGAGCAGAGUCAGCUGGUUCAGCUCCAGAGCUCUGUACCGGGCUACCCUACAAUGCCGAUAGACAACGAUCAGGAAGUAAAGAACUUUCUCAUUCGAGAACUUUCCACGGAAAGGCUGAGACGGCUGUACUGGAUGCUAUUCCUGGUAUCAAACCGGCACAACAUCAACCCGCUACACCAUCAACUCCUCAACAGCCGGCGCAUCUGCAUCACCGAGCGUCCAGAUUUGCAUCUGGUAUGGUACUACGACCGAAUAUUCAUCAAACCAAUCCCAAAAUUUCUCUUCAGUUAUGGUGUUUGGGCGGCGGCUAUCGAUAAGGCUCAGGACCAAGAUGGUCAUCGGCUGAUGCUCGACGCGCUCGGCUUCCUUCGGACAUACUCCUCACUCAUUGUUCACGAAUCAGACUUUGAAAUCGCAAAGAAGCAGAAACUUCUGCCCGAUUUCGUCGACUGGGACAUGUGGUGUCUCUUCAUUCGAGGGUUUACCACGCUGCGGGAUAGGGAUGUCUCUCCACGGUAUCAUUAUGGGGAGAUCCGGCUCACGCGACUCAAUCUGUGGCAUAGAGUAAUUCGGCUGAAGUCCUAUCAGAAGGUUCACCACAACUACGCCACCUUCUUCGCGCGUUUCGGAGCACCCUACCUAUUUGUCUUCGGCGCGGCUACGGUUGUGCUGACUGCAUUGCAGACGGGACAUGACACCUUCCCCGGCCACCACACAUACAUCAACAUCAUUUCUAAGUUUGUUCCAUUUACCUUGGCGCUGACUGCAGCCGGCAUUUGCUUUCUGCCUGCUCUGUUCUUGAUUUUCUGGGCCAAUGAGUUGGCCCGCUUUGUCAUCUGCUAUCGAUUGCUACUAUGGGGUUCUUCGGCGUCCGGAACCUUCUUUAAGAAUUCCUACGUCGUUGGUUUAAGCACAGAGGGUUCACAGAUGAAUGUGACUUUAGGAUAUUCUGGUAUAUGUGUAUACAGUUCUGCCCAAGUCCAGACAGACUCCGACUCUGGGGCAAUCAGCAAGUGCAACGGAGUCUACUUCUUCCCCGACGAUGACAGCGAAAGCGCCGACAGUUCCAAUUAUGGGGCGAAAGUCUUGAAACAUUUCCGUGACGAACUGGACUUGGAAGAUGACACAACCCUCGACACCACCAUGCUUCAAAAGCUUCUCCUUGCCGCGCGAGAUAUUAAAGAAAAGAUUCUCACUCCUGGCUUGGCGUGGGCAGCGUUCUUCUUGGUACUGGCUGCAGGUUUAUUUGCCAUCUUUCCCCUCUUCUUCUAUCUUGCGGGGUCGAGACGCACCGUGUGCAUGUGGACCAUGGCUUGUGCCGGACUUUGCAUGGGCUUUGGUCUCAUGUCCAUCGGUGCUACAUUUUUCACCACCCAAGGAACCUGGGCUUUGCUCAAUAACGAUGAGGAGUUGACCUCAACUUUGAAACUGACACAUGGGGACAUUGUCUAUUCUCAGGGCCACCACCUGAAGGGGGUUUCAGUUACCGCACUUGUUCUGAAUGGGCUGUUUGUUCUCUCCACGACACUUGCCGCCGUUACUCGGAAUCAUUCAACGGUCAACGAGCAAAUGGGUAGACCCCGCCCUCCUAUGACGCAUGUUGGUGCAGGCAAACCCCUCCUCGGCAAAAAGAAAAUCAAGUUCUCUCGCGGAAAGCCCGCAUUGAACAGGAGACGCAAGUAA